AUGCCCAGCAGAAUAGCCUCCAGCUCCGACGUCCCGACCGUACCUCUAUCCUUCUCAAACAAUUUCUGGGGUCGUGACGAUGCUGGUGUGGGGCCCCUGCUUGAUCGUAUGCACAAUGCAAAAAUCACUUGCGACGAACUGAAAGCUUUCUACAACGCUCGUGCAGCGCUUGAAGAUGAAUACGCCAAAAAGUUAUUUGCACUGUCUCGAAAGCCUUUAGGAAGUGGAGAGUCUGGUACGUUGCGAGCCAGUCUGGAUGUAUUGAGAGGAGAAGUGGAAAACACCGGAAAGUCGCAUGCCACAAUCGCCCAGCAGAUGAAGUCGGAGCUGGAGGAGCCGCUGGGCGCGUUUGCAGGCGGGAUGAAAGAGCGAAGGAAGAUCAUCCAGACAGGCAUCGAGCGACUGCUGAAGACGAAGCAAACACAGACAGCGCACGUCAACAAGACGCGAGAUCGCUAUGAGCAGGAUUGUCUGAGGAUCAAGGGCUACCUGGCUCAAGGGCACAUGGUGAUGGGCCAGGAGGAGAGGAAGAACAAGGCAAAACUGGAGAAGACUCAGAUCAACAUGGCCAGCAACUCAAACGAGUACGAGAGUUCCGUCAAGGUGUUGGAGGAGACCACCGGGAGGUGGAACAAAGAGUGGAAGGCCGCUUGUGAUAAAUUCCAAGACCUUGAGGAGGAGCGGCUCGACUUCACCAAAGCUUCGUUAUGGUCAUUUGCGAAUAUCGCGUCAACCGUGUGCGUGUCUGAUGACGCAUCUUGCGAAAAGAUCCGGCUCGCAUUGGAGAAUUGUGAGGUUGAAAAAGACAUCUUGUCUUUCAUCAAAGAACGCGGAACAGGACAAGAAAUCCCGGAUCCACCAAGAUACAUUAAUUUCUGCCGCGGUGACCUGAACGAUACGGCGUCUGAAGCGUCUGAAGACGAGAAGUAUUCGGUUGCUCAAUUUCCUCGUACGGUCAAUCCUGCCUUCCGUUCCGCCUCCCCUAAUCCUUCGACGUACGAAUCUCAUCAUGAUCCUAAUUCUGAGUUGGCCCAACAAAUGGGCCAUCCGGCGCCUCCUGAAUCGCUUGCAGAUGACAACGACCUGACACCUCUUAAGACAAACAGUGGACGUCCUCGACCUCUCAACUACCGACAACCGGAACAAAAUAUGCCACCAAACUAUUCCCCAUCCCAACAUGGCGAUGUCACAAAUGUGCCACAUAAUGAGUACCCUACAGAAGGCAUGACCAUGUUCUGUCGCACAGGGCCACCGAGCGUGACGGGCUCUGGACUUUCCAACAACACUCGACCAUCCAGCCGAGACUCGCAAUCAGAUUACUCGAAUCCUACCUCUUACACCACCGCAGAUCCUCUUUCCGGAAAGAACUCUCCCACCAAAUGCAUGCCACCUGUGAACAGUGCGCCCAUGGCCGGAAUGAGCAAUGUUUCACCAGAUAAGACUGUCCAGAAGAGACGAUCUGGAUUCUUCUCCAACUCUCCGUUCCGUCGAAAGUCGAAGAAAGAGCUGGAUCAUACGGCUCAUACGCUCACUACCGACCGGUCAAACCGGAACACAUGGGCACCACAGUCUGGAAUGCGUACGAAUAAUGCUUCUAGCACCAAUAUCAAUUCAACCAGUUCCAGCCCUACCAAAUCCUUUGGUCGAAACAACAUCUUCAAUCGCAACCAAGCUCCACCAGAAGGCGAGGAGCGAGCCGAUCCGCGCGCAACGUUUCAGCUCAAUGUAGGCAAUAAUGUCUUCGACGUUGCUUCUCCUGACCAUCAAACAACACCCAAGGCCAGGAAGGGAUUCUCACCUCCAGUCUCUUCCGGAGAAGAUGUGACCACGGAUCCACUCAAGCAGGCUCUGAUGGAACUCCAACAGGGUGGUGGUGCUGGAAUGGGCAAGCAAAGCAGCACCCGCGUUACCGCAGAUAGAUAUCAUGGCAUCAAGACUCCAGCACCAGAUGCAACGGCAGCGAGACCACCCCCACUAUCUGCAGCUAGUGCUGACAAAAUUGGUGCGCAGAGAGGAACACCACCUCCUGCCUACGAAGGCGCUAGAGGAGGUCCACCGCUUGCGUUGGGAGUGCCUCAGCCGGCUUUCACAAGCAAAGAGAUGAGGAAGAGGACAGAAACAUGGGGCAGCGGCUCGCAAGCGGGAUAUCCGUCUGGACGCAACGCGCAGGCUGGGAGGCCCGGCACACGAGACGGUAACAUGCAGCGCUCACGAAGUCCUGGACUCGGCAUGGGAGGCUUGCCAAGAGCAGCGAGUCCGCAACCAAUAGUGAGAGCGAGGAGUCCUGGCCCAGAUAUGAUGCGAAGCAGAAGUCCUGCUCCACCCAUGAAUCCGAACAUAAGAGCUAGGAGUCCAGCUCCCCCUCUAAACCCGAACAUGCGAGCCAGAAGCCCUGCUCCACCAAUGAACCCGAACAUGCGAGCCAAAAGUCCAGUACCUCCAAUGAUGAUGAGUGGACAAAGUCAGUAUCGAGCUCCAAGCCCAAACCCUUAUGCUGGUAGCAGGGAUAGCCAAUCACGACAGAACGCUGGCAUGGAAAUGCAGCUAUCGAGCCAGGACGUACAACGAUAUGACGCAAGUGGUAGUGGAAGAAGUAGGCACAGCAUGAUGGAUCGAGGUGGGAGGCCGGGCUCAGCAUACAGCGGUGAUCCUUAUGCACAACAGCAAGGAGGAAGAGGUAUGGAUCCGCAGAUGAGGAGGGAGCGAAGCAAGAGUAUGGCGCCUGCUCCUGCUAUGGGCGGCAUGGGCGGCAGCUCAACGUUGCACUACGCGCGAGCACUCUACUCUUACACCGCCGCCAUCCCCGAAGAGCUAUCGUUCAGCAAAGGCGACGUCUUGGCGGUGUUGAGACUGCAGGAUGAUGGAUGGUGGGAAGCUCAAAUCGAAAAAGGCAGACAAGGUGUCGGGAUGGUGGGAUUGGUGCCGAGCAAUUACUUGCAGCGGUGCUGA